AUGAUCGACUUCUUGUUGCUGUCACUACUCGUUAGUUCGUCCUUGGCACAAACUACUUCAUUCAAAGUGGAUCCAAUCGGGAAACAAUUUCUCCUUGAUGGGAAACCAUUUCGAUACAUAUCUGGUGAAAUUCACUAUUUCCGUAUUCAUCCCGAUCAAUGGGAAGAUCGUUUGAAAAGAGUGAGAGCACUUGGAUUCAACGCCAUUCAAUAUUAUGUACCCUGGAAUUUCCAUCAGCCGGAUAAUGAACAAACUGCGAUCUUCGAUGGUAUUCGCAAUUUCACGCGCUUCUCGGAGAUCGCGAUCAAUUUGGGGAUGUACUCUAUUUUGAGGGUUGGACCGUACAUUUGUGCUGAAUGGGAAAACGGAGGACUUCCAUGGUGGCUAUUGAAUAAAAGCAACGAUAUUGUGCUUCGAUCGAGUGAUCCACGAUAUCUCAAUUCGGUUGCAUUAUGGUUCACGAAACUUCUCCCGAUCAUUCAGCCAAUGAUGCGACAGAAUGGAGGGCCUGUUUUGAUGGUUCAAGUCGAGAACGAGUACGGCAGCUACUUUACAUGUGACACUAUCUAUAUGCAAUGGUUGAGAGAUUCAUUGCUGAGAGGACUAGGCAGUGAUACACAAUUGUUCACAACCGAUCCACCAGAGAAUAUCAAAUGUGGAGUGGUUGACGGAGUGUAUCCAACUGUCGAUUUUGGACCAUCAAAAGAUCUCGAGAAUGCAUUUAAAGUUCAAUUGAAUUACACACAAGGGAAAGGUCCAUUGGUGAACUCGGAGUUCUAUCCAGGAUGGUUCUCGGUUUGGGGUGACAAAAAGAAACCAAAUCUACCCACAACACAAGAGACUUUGGAUUACGUGAUUGGAAUGUACGAGAAGAAUGCCUCAUUCAGUGUGUACAUGAUUCACGGGGGAACGAAUUUUGCCUUCUGGAAUGGAGCUGAAUACGCAGGACCGUUAAUUACUUCAUAUGAUUAUUUCGCACCGAUCAGCGAAUCUGGCGAUAUCAUGCCCAUUGCUUUGGCUAUUAGAAGUUACCUCAAAACUCAAAAGGAUUGGCCCAAUCAACCACAGAAUAUACCAGCAAAUAAUGCAAGAAAAUCGUAUGGAUCGAUUUCCCUUCAAAAAGUCUCUCAACUGAACGAAUUCCCCUCAAAUUGUCCCCAAAGUGAUUCCCCACAAUCAUUCGAGAAACUCGGGCAUGGUUUCGGAUUUGUUGCUUACACAGCUACUCUCCCUCAAUGCAAUGGUGGAAAAUUGAACGCGCAGAGAGUGAGUGAUCGAGGGGAUGUCUUUGUCGAUGGAAAAUAUAUUGAUACUCUUCAAUUUUCCCACAGCACCAUUCAAAUCCCGACAACCAAUUGUAAGAGUGGAGCAAAGUUGACGAUUCUCGUUGAGAACACCGGGAGAAUCAAUUUCGAGACUGGAAAUUAUCCAAAGGGUUUAUUGUCUGAUGUGAAUAUUGAUGGAACGACGAUAAAUGGAUGGAUGAAUUGUCCGAUUCAAAUGAGUGAACAGAUCCAAGCAAGCGGCACAAAUGAAACACCUGUGCCGAAUGAUCCCUCUCUGCAAGGAGUCUAUUCGGGAACAUUCCAAGUGGAUACACCAAUUGAUACAUGGAUUGAUGCAAGUAAAUGGGGAAAGGGAAUCCUUUUCAUUAAUGGACUCAAUAUGGGAAGAUAUUGGACCAAGGGACCACAGUUAACCCUCUACGUGCCAGCUCCAGUAUUGAAAGUUGGCACAAAUACGCUGACAAUCGUUGAAUUGGAUUCAAAUUAUGUUUGCUCGUCGAACUGCAAAAUUGAUUCAGUUGAUGCCCCGAAGUGGACUUGG